AUGGAUUCGCCUGAGGGUAGCGCAAACGACGCGAUGACUGCAGAGAUUAACCGCAGGGUUAACGAAGCAGUCAACGCAAGCAUACGUCCUCUUCAGGACCAGAUGAUGCAGCUCUUGACAGCUCUGAACGGGCUUAUGUCAACAGAUAGAGCGACCCCUACGCCGCUUACGAGCAGCGAUGACUACCACAGAUGGCUUCUCAAAGUUCAGGAUUUCGCUAUUAAGCUUGAAAGCCUACCUCAGCAGGCGCAUAAGGACGGAGAUAUGGCGAUAUCUGGCGUUAGCCGCGCUAAGGGCAAGGAGAGGGCAAGGCUACGUCGCCAACGUAGCAGCUCCUCCUCAUCUGAAGACCUGCAACAACCAAAGAAGGACAGUCGCUAUUGUUACAACUGUAACCAGAUCGGCCAUAUCGCUAUAUGGUGCCCUAGGCGGAAGCCUCUCAGCCCUACGAAGGCUAAGAAGGUUAAAAAGGUCAAGAAGGACCCUAAGCCUGAAGGAAGCAGCACUCAAGCAGACGCCUUAGUAGAUACUAGGUGCGACCUAUACGCCCUUAUCGACCACAACCUUGCCCGUAAGCUCCGCCUGCUAAUAGUAGAUCGCUCCGAGCGGGUACUAGGCAGCUUCAGCGACAUUACAGGCGCUACGAAAGCAACAGGCGUAGUUAUCUUUAACCUCAAGCUGUGCGGUUAUGAUGAGAAGAUCUUUGCCGCUGCUAAGUGGUUCACUAAGCUAGACGUAGUAGCAGCGUUCCAUAAGAUCCAAAUCGCAGAGGGAGAGGAGUAUAAGACAGCCUUCCGAACAAGAUAUAGGCUAUUUGAGUGGCUUAUCGUUCCCUUUGGGCUCACAGGAGCCCCUGCUACGUUUCAGCGAUAUAUCAAUAGCGUACUUCGGGAGUACCUAGACGACUUUGCGACAGCAUAUACAGAUAACGUCCUGAUCUACUCAAAUAGCUUAAGGCAAGACCAUGAAGCAAAGGUUAAGCUAGUACUACGUAAGCUUGCCGCUGCGGGGUUACAUCUAGACCCCCAUAAGUGCGCGUUCUCUGUUAAGACAGUCAAGUACCUAGGGUUUAUCAUCACUGCAGGUGCUGCGCCAAGGACGGUUAAGGGAGUCCGAAGCUUCCUAGGAUUUGCAAACUACUACCGAAUCUUUAUCCCAGCGUACUCAGAGAUCGCUGGACCCCUAAUAGCUCUUACAAAGAAGGGUGUCCUCUUCUGCUGGGGUAAGGAACAAGAAGCAGCGUUCCAGGAGCUUAAGAGGAUCUUUGCAGCUAAGCCUGUUCUACACCAACUCAACCCUAAGCGUACAACCUACGUUGAGGCUGACUGCUCAGGCUUCGCCCUUAGAGGAGUACUGUCACAAGAAGAUGAGCACAGAAGACGUCAUGCAGUAGCAUACCACUCGCAGCGGCUUAACGCUGCCCAGUUCAACUAUCCGAUACAUAAUAAGGAGAUGCUAGCUAUUAUGAGCUGCCUACAAGAAUAG